AAGGAAUGACCAACUCCCUGCAGGUAAUCUGGAGCAGAAAAGCUCAAGUGCCUUGACUGAGGUCCUCCCUGCCCAUUGUCUCUCUCAUACAAAGCGGUGGGGUGACCGCGAAUCUCGGCAAAGACCCUCUUUGGCCCUGGAUGACGCAGGCGACUGUCGACGUCCUGGACAAGCAGGCGGGUGACUGUGUCCUGUAUUGGUUCUGUUUCUUGACUCACUGUUCAGUCAUACUUUAUCAGUGCUGUAUCACUUCCUGUCAUCUGGAUUGUACUUAAAAAUGUCUUUUGUUCUGUCUUUAAAGCUUGGCCGGUCAGCAUGGCGUCACUAGGAUUGCAUGAUUUCUUUUGAAACCUCACCAAAUAUGUUGCUGUGAUGUCUCAGGGUUUCAUGACAUGUGUUUUCCUGAAAGGCCUGAAUGAGCAUCCAAACAGCUCAGUUGAUUCUGCUGAAUGAUGAGUGUUCAUGGUAUGAGCAGAAAGAAAUGGUGUCAUUCUCUCCACUUCCUCAUAUUUCAGGAAAAAAAAGUUUCAUAAUAUUUCAAAAAUGCCAAGCCUAAGAACCCCAGAACAUUUAACUGUGUUCAUAAUCUUAGUUUAUGUUGCUUGUUUGUUGAAGUAAAAUUGACUUCAUUUCCAAAGUCAGUUUGUCCUGUGGCACAAAUGGAUUUGUGUGUGAUAUUUCAGAGCUAUUCAACAAUCAGCAGUUUAGUGACAUAGAAAUAAAAAACUAAAAUCUUAAACCUAAACAUCAUGAUGAGGACUCUUCUUCAGGCUGAUGAUGAAAAGUCCCCUCAUGAUACUACUAUUGGCACUUAUAGUUAGGAUUGUGGUGCUAUGGUCUAAAAUCUAAAUUUAUAUUAGUCUUAAAAAGAUAUGUAAAAAUAUGUAAUGUUAGCAAACAAAUUAGCAUAAGUUUUUACACACAGGAGUUCCUGCAUUUGAAAUUUAAAUGUUGUCCAUUAAGCUGUAUGUACUUGGCUCAGUAGGUCAGCACAGUCACACAUCCUCUUCCUCAGAUGUCAGAAAUAAGAAUUUAGCAUAAUUUUUUGUAUAGUAUCCAGAGCUAUGAAGAAGGAGCACUGGACAAAGUUUCACCAGUAUUGCUACACCAAAACCAUUUCCUUUAAAAACAGGAUUGCUCAUGGGCUGCUCUUUUCAGGUUAAAAAACCCCUCAACAAACUUGUCUGUCCAUCUCAGUAUUUCCGUGAAGUAUAUGCAGACAGAGUGGUGACUGUGGUGGGAGCAACUUUAUUCACCACAAACAUGUCAGCUGUAUCCGGUGCCUGAUGAUCCCUUUUGAAUGACGAAGCUGACGCAGUUUGAAGGAUAAGAAGAGGAAACAGAGGUUGUUUCUCUCCCCACAGAGAUGGUUGGUGGACGAUGUUAUGGUAUCUUCAUGCACAGCAUUGUGCUGCUGCUCUGGGUCUGUCUCCACUAUGUGGAGGCUUCCAGUGGAAAACACAUCAUUCAUAGAAAAGUUGGAGAGACUGUGGAGCUUUCGCCAGGUUUACCAACUGAAUGUGUGACUGCAGCAACGUGGAAAUAUGGAGGAAUAACAGUUGCAGGGAAAGAUGUGGGUGUUUCUAAAAAAUCUCCAUUUAAGGACAGAUCAGAGCUGAACCUCACAGACUUUACUUUAACAGUUAGAAAACUGAUUCUUCAAGAUUCUGGUGAUUUCAUUUUUGUCUCAGAUGUGAAUUAUGAGCACAGGCCUGCAGUCACCAUCACUCUGCAAGUUCAUGAGGACAGCUUAUCUUCUUCUCUUCUCAUGUACAUUGCUGGACUGUUUACUGGAGUACUGAUCACUGUACUGUUCCUCUUUCUGCUUUACUGCAUAAAGUCAAAGGGUCUAUGUCGCAAAAGACUCAAACAGUCUGAAACAAUCAACCAGGAAGAAAAUCAACAACAUGUGUACUCGGCUCUUUCCCACGGUGAUCUUUGUGUUUAUGAGACAAUGAGACCUGUGAAGAUGCUGGACCAGAUAUUGAAGCCAAAACUACUUGCAGAAAGCAAAAAGCAGAACCAUGACAGCAGGACAUAGAAGAUGAUGAAUCACGGCAAUCUGUUUGUCUAAAGGAGCCACGUACAGCAGGAAAGGAUAAAGGGGAAAAUUUAGCCAUGUUAGACAGUGAUUCAAACUGUUAUUUGUUUUAUUUUGUUUUGUUUUUAAUUAAAAAAAAAAAUGUUGGAUUUUCCAAAAUUUGAUGUGUAACUACUUUUCAGAUCUGUUUUUGAAACAAAAAGUGCAAAAUAACCUUUGUUGAUUAAUUCUAUGGUUUGCCACUUUUUUCUUUCAAAAUGCUGCAACUUAGGCCAUCACAAAGACUGUUGUCCCUACAAACUAUCAAUUGUGUACUCUACAGAGAGGAAUUCUCUUUGAUAUUAGGCCACUGCUGUGUCGCUUUGAACAUGUACACUGCAGAAACUCAAAAUCUUGUACCAAUCUUGUCAUCUUGAACCAAGUAUAUUUGUCAUAUUUGUAGUCAAAAUACUUUUUUCACCUAUUCCAAGCAAAAAUAUCACGUAUUAAGUGAAAAAAAUCUGCCAAUGGAACAAGUGAAAAUUCUCUAGUUUCAAGAUGCACUGUCUAAAAACAAGUUCCUAUAUCUCACUGAAAUGUUUCUCUUUAGCUGAUUGUGUCUUAUUUUAAGUGUGAUGAGAUUAUUUUGACUAGAAAUAAGACAAAAAUACUUCUUAAUUACAAGAUUGGUAGAAGAUUUAGCGUUUUUGCAGUGUAUUUGGGGGGUUAAAAUUGUUCUUUAUUUGUUUAAUGAAUAAUUUUGAUCAAUAAACUUUCCUUGUUCAAACA